GUGAUUACAAACUCAUUACUUUGGAGUUUGAGCUUCAGUUCGUGUGUUAACUGUUCAUUGUCUCCUUCGUUUUCUCUGCUACAUUUGUUCCCGUUUGUUCAGCAACCAAAUCCUUCCAAACUCAGCCACUUUCCCAGUUCUUGAAAAGCUCCACAAAAGAAAAAGAAGAUCAUGUCCACGCAAAAGAGAGCUCUGGCUCCCACUUCUUCAGGUCAAGCAAGUCUGCUCAAGAGGCCCCGCGUCGCUCGAACGAAUCAAGUAUGGCACCAGUCCGAGAGGAAUCACGUGCCGAGGAGCUGGUUGACGGAGGAGGAUGUCCGAAGAGUGGUCAGAGAAGAGCUGGAGCGUGCUAAAUCUCACUCGGCCGAAUAUUGUCAAAGUUGUACCGGGAAUGCUCUCAAAGAUAUAGUGUGCUCAUUGGAGAAUACUGUUCAGAGACUGGAGGAAGCAGUGGAGCCUGCAAAUAGUCACUCUCCCCACCUCAGAAGGGAUAAUGCUAAAUCUAUGGCAAAGAGUGAUGCGAGAAACUUACAGCUUCAACUUCGAACCAAACUGUCACUUCCUAUAUAUACUGGAAAGAAACUAGAAGGAAAGUGGGGUGCUUGCAUUUCUGUCGCCUUGAUUGAUGCUAAUACAGGAUAUAUUGUUACAUCAGGCCCAGAAUCCUCCAUUAAGCUGGACGUCGUUGUGCUUGAAGGUGACUUUAAAAAAGAUGAUGAGGAUAACUGGGCUCAAAAAGAGUUUGAGAACUACGUGGUUAAGGAACGUGAAGGAAAGAGGCCGCUAUUGGCUGGAAAUCUCCUGGUGACACUCAAGGGAGGUGUUGGGGUGCUGGGAGAGCUAAUAUUUACUGACAAUUCCAGCUGGAAUAGGAGUAAAAUGUUCAGGAUAGGGCUUAAGGUGGCAUCAGGUUAUUGUGGGAGUACCCGAAUCCGAGAAGCAAAAACUGAUGCCUUCACUGUCAAGGAACAUAGAGGAGAAUCAUACAAGAAAAAUUAUCCACCUAAAUCUGAUGAUGAGGUCUGGAGGUUAGAGAAGAUUGCCAAAGAUGGGAAAAUUCACAAAAAACUGAGUGAAGCCAGCAUACAUAAAGUGGAGGACUUUCUACUGCAACUGUUUACGGACUCCGACAAAUUGAGAGAGAUUCUUGGAAAGAGCAUAAUACAGAAGAACUGGGAUAGCCUCGUUCGUCAUGCAAGGACUUGCAAAAUAAGUUGGAAACUUUAUUUGUACUAUCUUGAUAGCAUGAGGAAGCAUGGUGCUCUAUUUGACGCGGAUGGUCAACUAAUCGGCCUAAUCAAAGACAGGGUAUAUGUUGCUACUCAUCGACUUUCUGCCCUAGAGAAGGAACAUGGAGAUACAAUCAUCAAAAAGGCCCUUGAUAACUUGAAUGAUGUUAGGGAGUUCAAUGGUGAGAAAUUUUCUGGUUCAAUGCAAAUUGAAAAUCUCGCCCCUGUUCGACAUAAUCUGGCUCCACAAAUCUGUGCCACUCCAGGUGGUCCGGAAGCUCCUCUUGCAAAUGUGGGCUUGACUGCUGAAGGACAUAGUGGUGCAACUGCUUCGGCAUUGUCAAUACAGUCACAAAGCUCCAAUUUUGGAAAUGCCAUGGAGCUUUCAGUUGAUGAAAGUGUUCAUCUCACUGCACAUCGGCCCAUAUCUGUAGACGGCUUGAAUGUUCCAAUUUCUCCAGCAGAUAAAUGUAUUACUACUGUCAGAUUGCCAAUUCAUUCCCAUAAUAACAAUUUACAAAAUGCCAUGCAUAGCCCAAUGAUCGAUUCUUCAAGCCAAAUGGACCGUGCAGUAAAUGAGCUUGUUCUCCCCUCUGAACCAGCCUAUGCUUCAUCAUCAAGUUUCCCAUCUAGUAGUACACUUUCUCCUCCUGAAGGCAAUCGCGUGAAGGAAGAUUUCCAAUCUAGCGCUUCAGAUGAUCAAUGGGAUUACUUGUUGACGCUCAUUCAGACCCCACAACAUGAUGAAACAUCCUUUCAGACCCCACCCUCCGAUGAUGGUUCAGUGCGAGGUACCAGCAAAGGUGUUAAUGGCUGGCUAAAGAUAAAGGAAUUUAUGCAGUGGGGUUUCUUCAUCACGAAGAGACGUGUCAGCAUUGUGCAGUUAGACGAACCACCGAUUGAAGUCCAGGCUUGAUCUCAUCAUUCUUAGUGUCGCAUUAGGUAAGAUGAUUCUCCAUCUCCUGUCUGAUAGAAGUGAUAGAAUUCUUUUUUUUUUUAUGAGGGCAUAUCAGUUACUUACAUGUAUUCGGUUAUUCAUUU